AUGGAUCCGGGGCCUGACGCGAUGCCCCUGGCCGGCCUGGCCUGGUCGUCGGCCUCGGCGCCCCCGCCUCGGGGAUUCAGCGCGAUCUCCUGCACCGUGGAGGGGGCGCCCGCCAGCUUCGGCAAGAGCUUCGCGCAGAAAUCCGGCUACUUCCUGUGCCUCAGCCCCUUGGGCGGCCUGGAGAAUCCGCAGGAGAACGUGGUGGCCGAUAUCCAAGUCCUGCUGGACAAGAGCCCCCUCCCGCCGGGCUUCUCCCCGGUCUGCGACCCCCUGGACUCCAAGGCCUCCAUGUCUAAGAAGAAACGCCUGUGUGUGAAGUUGGUGCCCCUGGGAGCUGCGGACACAGCUGUGUUUGACAUCCGGCUGAGCGGGAAGACCAAGACGGUGCCUGGAUACCUUCGGAUAGGGGACAUGGGUGGCUUUGCCAUUUGGUGCAAGAAGGCAAAGGCCCCUCGGCCAGUGCCCAAGCCCCGAACUCUCAGCCGGGACAUGCAGGGCCUCUCCUUGGACCAACCCAGCCAGCCCGGCAAGGGCGGCCCCCCAGAGGGGACCUUGUCGAGACUGGGCUCCAGGGCCUCCACCCUGCGGAGGAGUGACUCUAUCUACGAGGCCUCCAACCUCUAUGGCAUCUCCGCCAUGGACGGGGUCCCCUUCACGCUGCACCCCCGAUUCGAAGGCAAGAGCUGCGGCCCCCUGGCCUUCUCUGCCUUCGCUGACCUGACCAUCAAGUCGCUGGCGGACAUUGAGGAGGAGUACAACUACGGCUUCGUGGUGGAGAAGACAGCAGCCGCACGCCUGCCCCCCAGCGUGUCCUAG